AUGAGUGACGUCCAGGACAGUGGCUCUGCCUCUGAGCUUCUGCCUGCUGGGCAAGAUGAAGAUGAUGAGAAGGACAUCGUCCCCAGCCACCUUGGCACCCACAUGGUGACCAUCACCGUUGGUCCUGAUGAGAUCCUAUACAUUAUCCACAAGGACAUUCUCCAGGAGACAACCUCCCCUUUCUUCAGGGUCUGCUUCAACAACGGCUUUGCUGAGCAGCGCUUGUCCUUCCUCGCCCUGCCCGAGGACGAUCCCAAGGCGUUCAACACCUUCUGCCGCUGGGCGUACGGGCGUGUGUCGGGCUUCACCGAGUGCUCCAAGGCCUUCCUGGAGCACAUGCCCAUGUCGGAGCUGCUGGACCUCUACAUCUUCUCCCACAAGUACAUCAUCCAGGCUCUCGAGGACGCCAUCAUCGCCACCGUCAUGUACAAGGCCCACCGCAGCAACGGACACCAGAUGGGCUUCACCCGGGCGUCGCUGGAGCGUCUCGAGGCCCGCACCCCGUUCGACACCAACAUGCGCAAGUUGCUCGUCGACACGCUGGCGUGGACGGCCAAGAACCGGUCGUACUGGAUGGACGAGGCCCUGGUGGAGAUGCUGCCCGUCGGUCUGAUGCGAGGCGCCUUCCUGCGCCUGUACCAGCCUAUGGGUAUGGGACCACCGCCCGGUUUCAAUGGCAACAAGUGCCACUACCACGCCCAUCCGAUCAACGAUCUUUGCGAGGAUGGCUGGGAUGGCGACGACACCCGCGUCGUCAUGGUAGAGGGCCACCAGGACAACUGA